AUGAGCACAAAUCAGAGGGACGAGGUGCGAGCUCCCAAAGCGAAAAAGACGAUACUUCCAGUACAAGCCGGGAGCAACGCUGGACCGACCACCUUCUUCCUUAAAACAGAAAAAGAGAUGGAGCAGAGCGUUCAGCGGGGCCGGAAGCUUUCACGUAGCAGCGUUGCUGCGGAGAACAAACCGGAGAACAGACCGCCUGCAGUGGAUAUGUCGACUUCGAUAGCAGAAACGACGUACGGGGUGCAAAGUCUUGAAGAUACUAUCAAUUCUGGAUUUUCGUCGAGUAGUGAUUUGUCUAGAGCGUCAAGCCAGAGCAACGAUGAGCACAGUCCUACUGCUGGUCGAGAUGGAAAGACGCUUUUGUACAAGAAACGAAAAGCUGGAAAUCGAGUUCAUCCGACCAUCAGGUCUGCUGGUCAUCGCAUUAUUUCCUCCGAAAAUUCACCUCAUUCUCCCUCGAUGACAGCAUCUCCCAUCUCGGCCAGGUCAACCGAAUCUCCGUUGCGGACUCAUUCCUUCCGGAGAGGUUCAAAUUCGUCGUCGAUCAACUUCAAUCACCUCCUUACACCUGUGAAAUCUAAUCCAAAACCAUUCUCGGCAGCACCAAGCACACCUCGAUCAGCUUCAGUCAAAUCCUUUCAGCUAAGCGAUGAAGAGGCUUGCUUGGCAGACGAGAUCGGCAGCCAAGCUAUCUUCUCUUCUCAUGGUGACGAUGACGUCGAUCUUGAACGAACACCGCAAUUGGUCAUGCCGAGCCUAGCAAUGCCGGAACGACGAGCUUUCACACAACAAGGUCGAUCGAUGGGAAGGUUAAAAGUAAUGGUCAUUGGUCCUCGAAGAAGCGGAAAGACCAGCUUGAUAUCAAACAUUCUAGCUACGUCAGAGCACGUUGUACAUGUUGAUUCGGCAUUGUCAGCUUUCUCAGAUCAAGCAUCUACUCGAGCCUUCCUCGAAAUCUCUGCAUCCACCAAGCCUCUGCCUACAUGGUGGGCCGACCUCGACUCCAAAAGCUCAGCGCGUCGAAGAAUGAGUGUCGGUGACGUUCUAGACCGAAACAUAAUCUUCAUCGAUUCGCCCCCUGCCGAAGACGAUGACCAGAUCAGAAGAGUCUCAGAGUACAUCGCUCAAUCAACCCGGAGAGCAGUCCACAUUGACGGCAUGAGCGACGUUGAGAUCAUGGGAAUGCUUGCAGGCGAUGGUGGCGUGCAAAUGGAUGCCGUGAUCUACAUAUUCGCGUCGACCGACACUACAUCGCCCCCACUCCUCACCGACGCUCAACAAGAAUGCCUUCGAUUGAUCGCCGAAUGCACGAACCUCAUACCCGUCAUAGGACAUGCAGACCAAAUGACGAAUGAAAGUUUGAGCGUCAGGAAGUGCCAGAUAGAGGAAAUAUUAAAGUCGUCGAGGGUGGAGACUUACCGACUUGCGGAUGGGACCAUUGAACCACUCGCGGUCUCAUCAGCUCGCGGCAGCGAUGCCGACGUCAUCGACGCCAGCCUUCUCAUGUCCUCAAAAUACAUGCCUCCACUGGUAUCCAGUGAAUUACAUUAUUUAGUUGAACAUCUCUUCGAUCCCUCCAACAUGGCACGAUUACGACACCUGUCAGCCCAAAAGGCAGCAGCAUAUCGCAAGAACCAUCCAGCACAUCCUCAACCUCUCUUUCACCACACCCACCAUCAACAAUCUCACACAGGCCAUCUCAGUCCAGUGAUAAGUACAGGCAGCGUUCUCGAUGAAGCAAGCAAAGUUCUCAUCCCAUAUGGCACAUCCAGUUACUACCGAUCCACCUCUCCCACUAUCUCUGAUUUUUCCGCGCCAUCGUCCAGCGCAUGCGCCGUCGCCCGCUAUAACGAAUCUCCUAGGGAUCCCAACCAGCCCAUCCGCGAAAUUGUCACGGCUCAAUGGGCUGAGGAUCUCACCCAUCGCGGCCGCGAUCCCACUAUUGUCAAACCCAUCUCACAAACGUUCCCCCAAUACUUUUCCUCCGGACUGCCUUCAGAUACGGAGUCCGACCCCAAAGCCCUCACGCUCCCGCAACACCAGCAUUCGUCCACAUCUCAGCCUCAGCGACCUUCCCGCGGCCGACUCGGUGGUGCUCUCUGCGUCAUCGACCCCCGUGAUCCUCUUGGCGUUCUCGCCUUCGGUCAGCGGAGCUAUUUCGCGCUGCGCGUGGCAGGAGGCUGUGGGUUGCUGGGUGCACUGUGUUAUUGCGUUGUGCGGUUCUGGACACUCGGGUGGGAGUUGAGCGCUAUCGGCGGAGGACAGGUGCAUGCCAUGGCUGUACCUGCGCCUACCAGGACGUGGGAGGGCGCCCUUAAGGGAGUAUUCCCCGGCUGGGCCAGAUGA